AUGUCCGAAUCACCGUUCACAAACGAGUCUAAUACUCCCCUUGUCGUCGCGCCGGCCCCUUUCAACAAAGAUUCCACGGACCUCAUCUUACACACUGCGGACAACGUAGCAUUUCACGUAUGGAAGGUAAUCCUCAUCGAAGCGUCUCCCGUCUUCGGCGACAUGAUCGCGCUAGGCAACACACCACACACCGCGUCUGACGAAGCGACGCCCGACGGCGCCCACCCUCCCGCCGUGCAGCUGACGGAGACCAGUGCGGCCCUGGAGCCGUUCCUCCGCAUGUGUUACCCUCCUUCCCACCCCCCCGUCUCCUUUUCCCAGCUCGACACCCUCCGCUCCGUCAUCGAGGUCGCCCACAAGUACCAAGCCGACGGCGUCCUCCAGGUGCUGAAGAACCUCCUCGUGGAGACGUUCUCCCCCGCCGAGCCCCUCCGCGUCUCCGCCAUCGCCGUGCGCCUCGAGAUGGCGGACGUCGUGGAGGCGUCCGCGCGCGACUUCCUCGCGAUCCCCGCCUUCGGGCCGUACAGCGGGGAGCUCGAGGACGUGAGCGCGGGCGCGUACCACCGCCUGCUCGCCUACCGCAGCGAGUGCCACGACGCCCUGGAGGAGAUGGUCGAGAGCAAGCUCGCGUGGCUCGCGGACGACACCUGGCGGUUUCGGGUGUCCUGCACGAGCUGCGCGGCGUCGCCGGUCACGUGCAGCAUCCCCGACUCGACCGCGGUGUUCGUCCCGCGGGCGUGGUUCUGGCACCACCGCAACCGCAUGGCGGAGCGGCUGAAGGGGCGCCCGUGCGGCGCCGCGCUCGAGAGCGCGAGCGUGCUGGAGCGGGGGAUACGGGGGAUCGUGGAGGCGUCUUCGUGCGGCUUGUGCAGGGCGAUCGUUCCGGAGAUGCUUCGUGCCUUCAACGACCGAUUGCGGGAGGAAGUCGACCGCCGCAUCGACGAGGUGGGUUUGCCAUGCUGCUCAGGGCCGCGUGGAGUCGCUGACGCGGUCGCACGCAGAUCCCAGUACCCCAAAUCGAUCCUCCCAUAUGAUGAUAUGGCUACAGCCGCAGUGUGGUCAUGA